AACGUGUAUUCCUACACAAAUAUGCUCAACGCAGCCACGCGCGUGGGAGAGGUUAUGGAAAUGAGAACGAUUUGGAAGGCGAUGAGCGACGCGGGCGUCGAAGCGAACGAGGUAGCGUACACCGUGCUCGUCAAGGGAGAGUCCCAGAAUGGCCAUAUCGAUCGGGCGCGAUCAGUGAUACGUGAGAUGAUAGAUUGCGGCGUUGAACCAAAUCAGCGCACGUACGCGACGUUGCUGAGAAAUUGCGUGCGAUACGGCGACGUGAAGAAUGCGUCGAAAUGUCUGGAGAUGAUGCGCGAACGC